AUGAGGAGCGCUAACGACGGAACGGGUAUAGGCCUGGCCAUUUUGGUUAGCUUUAUUGCACUUGGUACUGGACAUGUAUUUGGAACAAUAGUUUCAACAGAAGAUGGCGCCUUGGAAGGAAUUGUUGUACCGUUACAGAAAGGAAACAUUUAUCAGUUUAAGAAGAUUCCUUACGCAAUGCCGCCAGUAGGCCCCCUUAGAUUCAGCAAACCGUUGAAACAUCCACCUUGGAAUAACACACUUAACGCUACAGACUUUGGACCUGCUUGUAUUCAAAGCGGCAGUUUGACACAUCCUGUAUCAGAAGAUUGUCUUUUCUUGAACGUUUAUGUCCCACAUAAACUUUCAACAACAGCCAACAAAUCAGUGAUGGUUUGGAUUCACGGUGGAGGCUAUAGAUCUGGCUCUGGGAUGGAGUAUGACGGUACGUCAUUAGCGCUUCAAGGCGACGUCAUUGUUGUGACGCUCAACUACCGACUCGGUGUCUUUGGAUUUUUCAGUACGGGAGAUUCCAGCGCGAGAGGUAAUUACGGAUUAUGGGAUCAGAUAGAAGCCCUUAAAUGGAUAAAGUCUAAUAUCAAAUAUUUUGGCGGCAAUUCUGAUUCAAUAACGUUGUUUGGAGAAUCGGCAGGUGCUUUUAGCGUUUUCCAUUUAGCUUUGUUUCCAGGGAACCAGAAUCUUUUUCAUCGCGUUAUUAUGCAAAGUGGUACUUUUGGAUUUGUUCAAAAAGAUCCAUUCACGUACGCACAAGCCUUGGGUGAUCAUUUACAAUGCAGUGAUGUUCACAGCACUACUUCAUUAGUUUCGUGUUUACGCGAAGUGGAGGCAACAACGUUACUAACUGGGUCGCACAUUGCAUAUAUGUUUUCUUCACUUAAUGAUAUUUUCGCUAUGCCUUUAGCACCUGUCAUAGACGGAGAACUGAUUUCCGUUGAUCCGCUGUCUUUACUUCGUAAUGAAUCCUCGGAAGAGUUGGCAUUCUACAAAUCGCUCGACGUCAUUUCCGGUUGCAAUUCAGCCGAAGGAUCCUUGUUACUGAUGGUUAUUCCACUAUUUCCAGACUUAUUUUUACCGGCUGGCAACUUGUCGGAAGGAAUUCCAAGCUGGGUUCUGAAGCUCUUUGCUCAAAGCUUAACUGAAACAAAGUACAAUAACGACAGCAGGAUUUUACAGCUUGUAUAUGACAAGUACACCUCAACGGAUAUAGCAGAACAAGGUCGACUCAUUGUCAACUUUUUCAGUGAUUUUACAUAUUAUUUGCCAAUGCUAGAAUCUUUAUUGCUUCAUAAUAGAGGAGGAAACUCACACGCGAAUUCUUUUCAAUAUUUCUUCUCGAAUGCACCACUUGUAGAUUUUGCACUUGGUGUUCUACCGGAAUGGUUCGAAGGAGCUGGUCAUGGAACUGAGAUCAACUACUUGUUCGAUAACUGGGGUUACCUCAGUGGUAACAACAGGGUUCUUUCUACCACCAUGAUGUCGUACUGGACGAACUUUGCAAAUAACGGGUAA